AAUUUACCUACCUAUAUUCCUACUCUGUGUGCACCUCGGGGUUGUGGCAACGCAAAAGUACUGUGACUUAUACCUACCUUACCCAUCUUUUCGCAUACUGCUCCAUCGACCACGGCUCUGCAUCACUCCUCACCUGUCCAACGCCCCUCAUAUACGACCCCUUUCCUGCCCAUUCUAUUGCCAUCGCAAUACUGCGCACCGCAGGUCUUCAAUUCUAGAGAGCAGUUGACUAUUCCUCUCAAGAGGAUCACGAUUGCAAUCAACAUGCUUUUCAUGUCUGCUAUUAGCAGCCUCGCGCUUCUCGUAUCAACGGUUGCAGCAUACCCACUCGCCCAAGCAGAGGCAGUCGUCACGGAGAAUCCAAACCUGGAAAUCACCAGUCUUGUCGUCAACGAUACCACGACCGGAAACACUUUGUUGACCUUCAACGUCACCAAUCCCGAACCUCUAGCCAACCAGGCGGUUGCAAACUGCACGGGAUCUUGGUCACACGAAGCCAAAGACUGGCCAAGCAGUGCGCAAUCUCUCCGAUGCGACAACUCUGACACAAUGACAUGGUACAUCGACAGCUGGACGAGCGCGAGAGACUUUGUCAUCGCCGUUCAAGACAGAUAUACCGAUCCUGAUAUUGGAGAAGCUCCAUACGAUCGCGUCACAGUCUUUACCAAAGCCACAAUCAAUGCUACAUACGUAGCAUACUCCAGCAACGACCUGGCAGCCGAUCCCAUCUCCGGCUCCCAAAUAGCCAACACGACCAUAUAUGCCCCGAUAUACGCGAUUGCGGCAAAGUAGGCGGGCUGCACAUGGUCAAAAUUUGGAGGCAGCACAGCUCCGCGUCGAUCAGAUUGACCCGAUGACUGAUAUGGUUAUACGCAUGAUUGGGAGGUGACGGCACAAAAGUCGACUAUUCUUCCACAUGCUGGUAUCGGGAAGCGAUUGGAGGCGGCUUUUGAAGAGCUUCCCAGAGCCAGGCUCCCUUGUGCUUGUUCACAGCAUCUGCCGGCAUCACGCUGUGACCUAAAAUAAGGUCUGGCGCUAUACUCCCAAUAGCCUUUCGUGUGAGGCUCUGGGUGAUGGGAAGUUGGGAACACACCCAAGACCCUGAGGUC